GCCGCACCACCGCCCGCUUCGCUCCAUCUCCACCACUGCUGCUCCAAGCACAGCAACGCACGAUGCCGGAGUCCGCUGGAGAACCUUUCUACGUGCGCUACUACUCAGGCCACUCUGGUCGCUUCGGGCACGAAUUUCUCGAGUUCGACUUUCGAGUGGUCGGCGACGGUCGAUCGGCAAUUGCACGAUAUGCCAACAACUCGAACUACCGCAACGAUUCCCUGAUCCGCAAAGAGAUGUGCGUGAGCGCCCUCAUGGUUCAGGAGAUCAAGCGCAUCAUUAAGGACAGCGAAAUUAUGAAAGAAGAUGAUACGAAAUGGCCACAGAAGAAUAAGGAUGGUAGACAGGAGCUUGAAAUCCGCAUGGGCGGCGAGCACAUCUCUUUCGAGGUCAGUCAACUGUGUUCGGCAAUGCCUCGCCAAUCUAACGUCGAUCAGACCGCGAAGAUAGGCUCCCUUGUGGAUGUCAACGAGUCGGAAGAUCCAGAGGGACUUCGCGUCUUCUACUACUUGGUACAAGAUCUGAAGGCACUGGUCUUCUCUCUGAUCUCUUUGCACUUCAAGAUCAAACCCAUCUAGACCAGCAGACAAGCGAAAUCAUUUCAGACGAUGAAUGUUGUGUACUGCCACGCAUCCGCGCCUCCCAUCGUUCAACACUAGCCCAUUCGAAUGCUCGGUACACUUAUCGAGAAGAAGGACAAAAACGACGUAAGGUUGACGAUGAUUGUAAGACCUGGAGAGCAUCAAAACUCGCACGCUAUGCACUCCUAUUCAGGUGGACCCUCGAUGGAGGAGGGAAAUUUACUUCAAUCUUGGUACCUCGAGGCAGAGUAUGAUCUCGUGUGUGGCAACGGGAACACGAGAGCGCCGAUCCAUGAGUACGUCCAAUGAGUGGCGUAUUGAUAGCCGGUGACGAAGGCACGUGUUGCGCUGCGAACUUUCGUCUAUAGCACGACGACUGGCACAAUCAUGGCAUAGUCUUUCUGCUGAGAUAUCAUCAGGAGACAAGUUCAAUGCUGUUCCAUAUUGACUUUCACAUGUUCUGGCUGCAAUGAGGGUCCAACGCACGGA